GAGCCCGGAGCGGCGGCGAGCGUUGGGGCGGCAGCGGCGUGGAGAGAGCGGUGCCUCCGCUGCCGGGCAGGGACGCGUCGCCGGCCGCCGGGCGGAGGCGGUUCUGCGCUCGGCGGAAACAAGGAAACGGGAAAGGAAGGGAGCGGCAGCGGGAACGGGUAUCGGCGGCCACCAUUAGCGGCGGCGGGAGGAGCAGCAGCAGCAGCAGCCGCAGCCGCGGGGGUCUGCAGGCGGAGCGGAGCCCGGGUGUGCCCGCCGCUUCGCCCCUCUAUUUUGUGGGGAGUCGCCGCUGCCCGCCAGCCCGCCGGGGGCUUCCCCGGAGCCGGGGCGAGUACACUGUGAGCUGGAAGUGGAGUUGCAAGUUACAGAUGGAGCAAUUAUCAGAUGAAGAACUUGACCAUGGUGCGGAAGAAGAUAGUGAUAAGGAAGAUCAGGAUCUGGACAAGAUGUUUGGGGCCUGGCUGGGGGAACUGGACAAACUCACACAGAGUUUGGAUACAGACAAGCCUGUGGCACCAGUGAAGAGAUCACCUCUCCGUCAGGAAACCAAUCUUGCCAACUUCUCAUAUCGCUUCUCCAUGUACAAUUUGAAUGAAGCCCUGAAUCAGGGGGAGACUGUGGAUCUAGAUGCCCUCAUGGCUGAUCUCUGUUCCAUAGAGCAGGAGCUCAGCAGCAUUGGGUCUCAUUCAGCAAACAAUGUUGCAGUGAAACGCCUUGCCACAGAAUCCAAAGCUCAGAAACCACCUGCUAGCCGACCUUCUACUAAGCACAGCAGCAUGAAAGGAUUAUCCUCCUCAUCUGGUAAGGUGACAAAACCAUCACAUGCCAACGUAUCUUUGGAUGACAUCACUGCCCAGUUAGAGAAGGCCUCUUUGAGCAUGGAUGAGGCAGCCCAACAGUCUGUUGCAGAAGACACCAAACCAGUAGUUACUGCUCAGCACAGGAGGACAGCAUCUGCUGGCACAGUGAGUGAUGCUGAGGUGCGCUCAAUCAGUAACUCCUCCCGUUCCAGCAUAACCUCUGCAGCUUCCAGCAUGGACUCCUUGGAUAUCGACAAGGUGACGAGACCUCAGGAACUGGACUUGACAUCACAAGGGCAACCAAUCACUGAGGAGGAACAGGCUGCUAAAAUCAAAGCGGAGAAGAUCAGGGUUGCAUUAGAGAAGAUUAAAGAGGCACAAGUGAAAAAGUUGGUGAUCAGAGUCCAUAUGUCUGAUGACAGCUCAAAAACAAUGAUGGUGGAUGAGAGGCAGACAGUGAGACAAGUAUUGGACAAUCUGAUGGACAAAUCACAUUGUGGUUACAGUUUAGACUGGUCAUUGGUGGAAACCAUCUCUGAAUUGCAAAUGGAAAGGAUCUUUGAAGAUCAUGAAAAUUUAGUUGAAAAUCUUCUGAACUGGACAAGAGAUAGUCAAAACAAACUAAUGUUUGUGGAACGUAUAGAGAAAUAUGCACUUUUCAAGAAUCCCCAGAACUAUCUUCUAGGGAAGAAAGAAACCUCUGAGAUGGCAGACAGAAAUAAAGAGGUGCUGCUAGAGGAAUGUUUCUGUGGAAGUUCUGUAACCGUGCCAGAGAUUGAGGGAGUUUUGUGGCUGAAAGAGGAUGGUAAGAAGUCUUGGAAGAAACGUUACUUUCUUCUUCGAGCUUCUGGAAUCUACUAUGUCCCUAAAGGGAAGGCAAAGGUCUCACGGGAUCUCGUGUGCUUUCUACAGCUAGAUCAUGUCAGUGUUUACUAUGGACAGGACUAUCGGAACAAAUACAAAGCACCCACAGACUAUUGUUUAGUGCUAAAGCAUCCUCAGAUCCAGAAGAAAUCCCAGUAUAUCAAGUAUCUUUGCUGUGAUGAUGUAAGAACUCUACACCAAUGGAUCAAUGGCAUCCGCAUUGCUAAGUAUGGGAAGCAACUGUACAUGAAUUAUCAGGAAGCAUUGAAGAGAACAGAAUCGGCAUAUGACUGGACUUCGUUGUCUAGCUCCAGUAUCAAGUCAGGCUCCAGCUCAUCUAGUUUGCCAGAAUCUCAAUCAAAUCAUUCUAAUCAGUCUGACAGUGGAGUUUCUGACACACAGCCAGCUGGACAUGUCCGUUCCCAAAGUAUUGUCAGCUCCAUGUUCUCCGAGGCCUGGAAACGAGGCACUCAACUGGAGGAAUCCAGCAAGGCCCGAAUGGAGCCUGCAGGUCGGCCCUUCGUGUCUGCCGCACCUCCUGUGUCCGCACAGACAAAAGUGGGGACCCCCUACACAGCAUCGCAGCCGACGCCCCCCCUGCCCCCGCCGCCUCCCCCCGCCCCCCCCCUCCCCCACCCCCCCCCUCCUCCGCCCCCACCCCCCCUCCCCAGCCAGGCUGCCCCAUCCGCAGGCUCGUCCGCCACCAUGUUCGUCAAGUACAGCACCAUCACCAGGCUGCAGAACGCUGCCCAGCAUGGCGGGCCUUUUUCCAAAGCUCCUGCUGCACAGCAGGCCCCCCCACCCCCCCCACCCUUGGGAAAGCCUCAGAUACUGGUGCCCCCCAACGGGGUCAUGCCGCCUCCCCCGCCUCCACCGCCUCCCCCCACACCGGGCUCGGCCAUGGCGCAGCUGAAGCCGGCACCUUGUGCCCCUUCUGUGCCACAGUUCACACCGCCGCCACCGCCCCCCAAAAUCCAUCAGGUUCAACCAAAUAUAAGCCAGGCCACUGCCACUGCCACCUCUUCAUUGCCACCACCUCCUCCUCCUGUGCCUGCCCCACCACCACCCCAGGCACCCCCGAAGCCUGUCAUGGCAGCUCUGUCCCCGCAGCCUAGUGGGAAGGCAGCGUCACCAGGGGUCACACACGUCACCCCCCCUGUGCCAGCUCCCUUGCCCCUUGCAAUGAAGAAACAACCAAGCGUCACCUCUCCCCAGGUGCCUCCGCUGCCACCAGCCCCUCCUGGCCCCACUCCCCCGCCAACAUUCCCAAAGCAGCAGAGUUUCUCUGGGAAGCCACCUCCAUCCCCGCAGUCCCCGGUGCCGUCGGUGGUGAAACAGAUAGUUAGCCAGUUCCCACCUCCUCCCACCCCACCUGCCACUGAGCCCCAGCCUCUGAAACCCCUUCCGCUGAGCCUGGCUCCACAGUCACCUCCAGCAGUGAAGGCAAAGCCCAAGUGGCAGCCGGCUUCCGCUCCCUCACCCGAUUUCCCCCCUCCUCCACCAGAGAGCAGCUUAGUGUUUCCUCCUCCACCUCCUUCCCCAGCUUCCUCUGCAGGUUCUCCCCCCCCUGACAAAUCAGGGUCUCCAGUCAAAAAGACCAGCAAGACAUCAAGCCCGGGAGGGAAGAAACCACCUCCAACACCUCAGCGAAAUUCCAGCAUCAAGUCCACCAGCUCCACUGAGUACCAUGAGUCCAAGAGACCUUCAGUGGACCGCCUUGUCAGCAAAUUUGCACACCCACCAGAGCCGUCAGGGUCUCCUUCUAAGGAGUCAUCGCCUCCUGCAGCCCCUCCAAAGCCAGGAAAGCUCAACCUUUCUGGGGUGAGCCUGCCCAUUGUCCUUCCGCAAGGAGGGAUCCCGGCCAAGGCUCCUGCUCCGGCUGUGUCUGGGAAGGAACCUGUGGUCGAAUUCCCUUCACCACCGUCUGAUUCAGACUUUCCACCGCCACCACCUGAAAUAGAUCUUCCUCUCCCACCAGUUGAGAUCCCAUCAGUAUUUUCAGGCAGCACCUCCCCAAAAGUCGCUGUUGUCAAUCCUCAGCCUCAGGCAUGGUCAAAACCAUCUGUGAAAAAAGCCCCACCACCCACACGUCCCAAGCGGAACGACAGCACUCGACUGACGCAGGCGGAGGUCGCAGAGCCACCAGGGUCAGCUGGCCCACAAGUGCCCACUUCACCCAAGUCCAGCCUUAGUGUUCAGCCAGGAUUCCUGGCAGACCUCAACCGGACGCUGCAGCGGAAAUCCAUCACCCGGCACGGCUCCCUCUCCUCCGCGCGGAUGUCCAGAACCGAGCCCACAGCCACCAUGGACGACAUGGUCCUGCCUCCGCCUCCACCAGAGCUGCUGGCUGACCAGCAGAAGACGAGCAGCUUUGGGGGCAGUCAUAUAUCCGGCUAUGCAACGUUACGGAGGGGGCCACCCCCUGCACCUCCCAAAAGGGAUCAGAACACCAAGCUGUCGCGGGACUGGUAGGCAGUCCCCAGGGGCUGGUGCUCUCUGUGACUUGUGGGCUGCUCCGUGAUCAGCCAACCCGUGAUCUUGCGCACUUGGAGAGAAUGUGGGGACGUGGAUGAUAGGUAGCCCCAUCAAAAGAGGUGAUCUCAAACUGUAGCUAAGGCUAAAUGUAAAGACAUUCCCCUUUCAUGGCUAGGCCAAAAAAGCUGGGGACUUGGGGGUGUUGAUAUUUUAUUGGGAAAGGUGGGUAGAGAGGCAUUGACUUACACUUUCAAUUUCUUUUACCCUUCAUAUGGAUCGGACCAAAACCCCAUUUUCUUACUUUUUCUGCAUUUAGGGGAGGGGGGAGAUAAUUUUUUUGUAGUGUCUGUCCACGUGAGACAUGUUUGUGCAUGUAUUAUAAGUGUAGGUAUAUAAUAUAUUGUGAUAUAUUUCGUCGCAAUUAUAGAAGAUAACCAGAAUGUUUUUGUAGAACUGUAUUUAUUGUUUCAGUCACUAUAUUAUUUGGAAUCGGACUCUGUAACUAGUCAAAUCUUACCACAAAGAUGAAGAUGUAGGGGGCACUUUAAAGAAAGGAAGAAAAAACAAACAAACAAAAAACCCCACAAAUCUCUUGGCAGUUUGUGGUGGGUAAAUGGUGCAGAGCUGAGGUGUUCUGCUAGGAACAGUAACAAUGUACAUUGUCCAUUGAUUGAAAAGUACAGAUGCAACAUACCAAAACAUUCUGGUCAUAAUACUACUGAAAAUGAGUAUGUUCUGAGGAAGAAAAUAGAUUUUUAUAUAUAGUGGGCUGGAGUGAAAUAUAUUUAUACUAUAAAGAGCCUCCCCCUCCCUUCCAAAUAGUUUAAAAAUAUACACUGCUACGAAUUAUUUCAAAGUUAUUUGUCCAUGCAGUAAGUAGGAUAAAUAUAUAUUAUUCCAAUCCAUUAUGCAUUCUAACUUUAUAGUAGGCUCAAUCAUUUGUUUCUGUGGCUCAAGACGAAUAUAUUUGUGUUAACCCCUUCUGAAAGCUGCCAGCACUCCUGCAAUCGAUGCCGACCCACAAGGCUGACCCACGCCGAUACAUCAUUUGUACAUCUAAUUCUUUCCCCGAAUGAACAGGUAGGUUUCUGUAGAGAGUGUUGCGUUCUCGCACAAGCAUAUACAGUGUACAUUCUCACCUUGUCUGUGCCUGAUAAGAUGUAUUAUCUUUACAAAAACAAGUGUCUAGAAACAUUUAAAGUAUUGUUUGUAAUUCAUUAGAAACUGUCAGGAAACUUUCUAAACCUUCUAGAAAGAGAGAAGGGAGUGGUAAUUUCAGGCCAAGCAUGGUGGGAAUUCUCUCUCUUUUCUUUGACCCGCCAGAGACUGCAACCAAUGCAUAAACCUGUUAAUUCCAAAGUUGGCACUUCUAGCAGUCAAGGGAGAAGACUGGAAAAAACCUCAACCUUGAGAGGCAAUAGCAUUUGCUAAUAAUUUAAUUUAAGGGCCCAUAUGAGUAGGAAAUAGACUAUCGUAUUUGCUUUGGGUUUUUUGUUUGCCAGUCAAUCACCAGAUCGAGUACUAGAGUCCUUUUUCUUGUACUUCAGUAGCUUGAUUGUACGGUCUUACCCACGUAUUCGGAGGUUGUGAUAAGGUAGCGUAGUUAGCCUAAGUGGUCCUAUGUAUCAUGCAUGUUCAUUACAGGGUAGUGGUACACAGCCUUUGUAAAGUAGCUGAAAUACUUGGACUGUACCUACCCCAUCCUCGGUUGUUAGAACUUCCCUCAUCACCAUGGGGAUACUGUCAAGGCUCAGAGGGCAAAUGAUUUUACUCUUUGUUUACCUUUUCUCCAAAAGCAAAUAUUAAAUGUUUUCCUUCCCCCAAAGAAUGAAACAAAGGAAGUAGCUUGACCUGACAGUAUCCUCAAGCAUGUACAAAAGAUGUAAACUAAUCUCUCAUGAGAGUAAUUCAGGCUGAUAGAUUUAAGAAAUACCGUUGACAGUCCCCCAUUCCUUUUUUUUUUAUAAAGUUUUUAAAAAAAUCCAAAUAAUGAAAGUCUUUGUGAAUAAUUUAUGAAUAGGAAAAAAGCUUUGCUAAUUAGAGGGGGAAAAUGACACAUCUAUAACUAUAUAGUUUUAAAUAAGUGCAUCACAAAAAGAGAAAAAUUAAUGGUGCUGUCUCUGCUGACCUGUUUCAUAUGAUUUUUUAAAAAUCUUUUUCAGCACCUCUGGAAAUUGUUUUAAUAUUUCAGACUAGUUUUUUUUGAGCAAUAAGAGUAUAUACCAUUGUGUGCAUUUUUAAAGCACUGCUAUGGAAAGGCACUUUUUUGUAUCUUUCAAAUUGUUCACAAAGUUUUGUUUCUACUAUUUUUGUGCUUAUAAAGUGUCCUUAAAAGCAUUUGCAUUGUUGAUUUUAAGCAUGCUCGGUGUAGCUGGCAAAUAACUUCACAGGAAGGUUGUUAAGCUAUACUGCAAUUCAUGGGUGCUGUAAUUUUCAACGUUGGUCCUCCUGCUGCUUUGUACUGUAUGCAGCUCCUGGGGCUCAUACCCACCAGUGGAGCAAAAGGUGUGCAGAUACAGUCGUAACUCCCCAGCUGUUAUUGACGAUAGGUAAGUGGACACAUUCUCCUACUCCCUGGCAGGAUGCAUCUGGGCUGAUGCAGCGUGUGCUCCCAGAUGACAGGAGUCAGGGAAUCUGCUUGCCCUGUCUGUUUUUCUUUUCCCCCAAGACAGCUCCACUGGUGUGUGUCAGUUCCAGCCCUUUUUCUUUUGUUCAUUCAGUGCGGGUACCUCUGGGCUUUGGACUCGGCAGAGCAGUGGUUUGAGUGCAAUUUCUUCAGAGGCAUUUGAGCUUUGUUCUCAUUUUCCUGUGCUCAAAUUCGUUUACCUAGUAUCUCUCCCUAGACAAUGAAUCCAUGCUUCCUACUGCAGGCUGCUACACAGCUUGCUGGGAGGCAGGAGUUUUAUCUCUUUAAGUUUGCAGCAAAAAGAAUGAGCGUCAGCAAAGGUGGCACCCUGUUUUCCUUCUUGUUACAACUUACAUACUUCCUAAGCCAGUAGUGAUACAGAAAUACAGUGAGUGGCUGCAGCUUGCUGUCUCUCAGUUGAGAACUGAAAUUUGGCUACAGUGUGGUUCAGACAACCUGGCUGCCUUUUCAGCUUAUGAGACCCGUCACUGUAACUUGCUUUUCCAGUAUAUUUACUGGUUUUGUGACAGUAAAUAUUUAUGCCUUAUUUGCAAAUAAGUUAUUUUCCACUGUGCGCUCUGGUCUCAUAGUUGCACCAUUGUAUUUAUUUAAAUCAGAGAACAAAGGGGCCAGAUCUCAGACACACAGCAAGAAGCUACAAACAUGGGCUGUAAUCCUUUUGGCACUAUUAAAAGGAGCAUGUGAGAGCUGAGGUUUCAUACUCUGGACACAAAGGUAGCGGAUGCUUCCAUCCUAAAUUAUUAAAGAGUACAGCUGUAGUUGUGUUACAUGAUGAAGCGUAUGGCCUUUGACACUUGCUAAGGUGGGUGUUGGGGAAAGCCCCACUGCUGCAGGGGCAGCUGAGACCAUACUGCUGCAUUUGUUAAUCUGUUCCAGAUUUGGGCUUCAUUUCCCCUCUGCCAUGCAGCAGUAACAUCCACCUCUGUGAGCAGAAGGGUCCCUCCUGUUCAGCCAGGUUUCUCUGUGCAUGCAGCACAGGUGUAGAAAGCAGGGAGGUAGUCUUCUUGAACACUUUCAUUGUAAUUCAGGUCUCGGGGAGUUGCUUUGGAAGGGGAAACUAGGCUCUUACAUCAGCAGUAAUCUUAGAGGAGAAAUUAAAAACAAAAAAACCCACGGGUUCUGAACAACCCAUAGGUAAUAUGUUUGAGGUGGAUAUGCUGGGGGGGUCUGUCUAGUCUUUCAAAACCUGUGGUUGGGGGAGGAGGUUAGGCACAAGUCUCACCAUAAAAUAAUCCUGUUAUUUUCUACGGAAGAGGAAAGCUCCUGCUUCACCCUGUGCAGUGGUUUCCUCCUGUGGCAAACCACCACUGCUUGCUCUGACUUGGUGCGUGACCUCAAAGCCAAAGAGCUCCUCUCCUGAACUUACUCUGCAGUUUCCUGCAGGGCAGCAGUGACUGACUGACACAUCAGCGAGACAAAGUGAAGGUACCUGGAUCACUUUGGUUUCAGGUCUGAUGGGAGAGGGAGCAGUUUUUUCCAAGUGCAUUUUAAGAUUUACUGUUCUGGACUUGCACAUUUUAAAGGUUUUCUAAUUUCUUCUUUCUGUGCCCUUAGGCAACCAGAUAAGUCAGCUCAGAGAUAAAAGCGUGGCCAGUUUUUCUCUGAGUUAAAAUUAUUUUUUCCACAGUCAAAGGAACCAAAAGUGCCAUUUCAACAGCAGAAGGGCAAAAGAGAAAUUUUCUGCUUAUUACAGAAAACUGUAUAGAACUAAAUUGUUUUACUUUAGUGGCCCCAUUGCAGGUAAACUUGUUUCUUACAAUCUUAUUUUGAAUAAGUGGAUUUUACUAUGAGUAUUAUUUCAAAUACAGUCACAUUAAAAUCAGUUGCACUCCAGGAAAACAAUAUAAAUUCCUGACGGAAAGUAGUGUAGAUGCAGCCAGAACAUGUGAGUUUGGGUUGGUUUUUUUUUCCUUUUUUCAUUGUUAAGGUGUAGAUUACGUACUUGUGCAAACAGUGCUCCUCAUUUGGAGGUGAGGGGAGUCUUACUUCUUUGGGGGAGAUGUUUUCCCAAAGCCUGUUUGUGGCUCCUGGUGUUUAGCUUUGCAUUCCCUCGCACAAUUGGGGCAGACUCCAAACCAGAGACGAUUUAACACUACAGGGGAUAGUUUCUCUUACAUGUUUUUGUAAUGUUCUGGUGGGAUUUAAGCUUUUAUUUUGGAAUUGUCAGUUGGUCUAAAGUUAAGUAAUUUUCCUUUCUGAAUUCUUUUUCUCCUUCAAUUAAAAAAAUGCCCAUGAAGACUGACGAAACCAGUGUUAAGUUGCAGGGGUCAGCGCUCACUAAUACUGUGAUCCAGUGAGUCAGAGGCUUUGUCUAGUUUUGAAAAGUUUAAGGCACUGAACUGCAAAUGAGGUGACAACAUCAUGCUUAUGCCUCACAAUGUAAAUUAAAGUAAUUGCCACUAACAUGGGAAAAAUAGUGAUUGGGGUUGAUGGCUAUUUGGUGCUCUGAGGCACUCAACAGGGCGAGGACUCGGUGAGCUCUCUGUGAGUCAGAAGUGUGUAUCUUUGGUGAGGAGAGCUAGAGAAGCUGGAAGAACAGGAGGAACAGGAACUAGUGCUAUACACACAAUCCCCCAUGGCAGGGAUUUAGUGAGGGAAAUGAGCGAGAAGGAACUCGAGUAACAGAUUUUGGACAGCACCCACCCCCCACCCCCCUUAUUUAAAUGCUUAAAGGCAACUUGUCUUUUAGGAGACUUAGGAAUUGAACCAACUGUUCCCUACAGUGGAAAAUAGUUUCCUCCCACCUUCCCCAAGAUGCCAAAGAUGCAUUCAGAGCUAAAUUCCAGGUACACAGAUGUGCUCGCACCAGCCUCUCCUGAGGCUAAGUUGCCAGGUGCUGCUGAUGCGCAGCAGCAGUUUGGCAAGAGAACAGGGCUGUCACUGUUAGAUGUUGUGCACCUAUUGCCUUUUAACCAAUGCUGGUAACUGGCUACACAUCUGCAAGGGGCGGGGGCAAAGGCCAGUUUAGCAAAGAACCUGUGCCCAAGGCUCCCUGCUGCUGAUUUGGUGCAGCACUAUAAAGCUUGUACUUCUAAAAGGAAAACUAAAUGCUUUGUCACAAGUUGCAAUUGCAAAUCUUAGGUCUCCUUCUAGUGGACUGCAGUGGACCAGAAAUUAACUGGAGCAGCAGUUUGUUUUAUGGCUUACACUAAUUGUUAGCAGCCACUGGUGAUAUUCUGUAUAAUACUGGGGAUGCAAAUGAAAGAAAAAAGUGUCAUUGCAAUGAUGAUUUGUCUGUGCAGCAAACUUGUGCUGAGUGCUGUAAAUACAUUCAUGUUUACUGCUUUAAAAAGAAAAUUGCACAUUUUAUCUUUCAAUGGGAUUGCCUCCCCUCUUCUUCCCUUUCCAAAAAGAAAAAUCAAAGCUCUUUUAGACUGAUAGCUUCAGGUUGGGGGGAGCUUUGCCAUAUUAUAAAUAUAUAUAAAUAUAUGUAUAAAUAUACUUUUUUAAGCAUGGGAGAGGACAAAAGAAAUACUACAUUAUAGAGUACCCAAUAUAGAUCAUUAUACAAUGGAAUAUGCACAAUUCAAUAAAGAUGUAGUUAAAUUUAAUAA